AUGGCGUCAGGGUUAAGUGGCAUUGCCACUAAGAAUGAGGAGGGCACCACUGGAACUGGCGAGGGCCCAUCGCCUUCUGGAUCAGGAACUCAUCUGAAGUGCGACACGUGGAUCCAGAGAUUCACAACACCAGCUCCGCUAAAAGUUCAUCAGAGAACACACAAAGGAGAGAAGCCUUACUCCUGCUCUGACUGUGGAAAGAGUUUCUCUCAACUGCGUCACCUAAAACAACAUGAACGUAUACACACAGGAGAGAAGCCUUACUCCUGCUCUGACUGUGGGGCGAAUUUCUCUCAACUGGGCCACUUAAAACGUCAUCAAGGUAUACAUAAAGGAGAGAAGCCUUACUCCUGCUCUGACUGUAGAAAGAGUUUCUCCCUCUCGAGCUACCUAAAACAACAUGAACGUAUACACAGAGGAGAGAAGCCUUACUUUUGCUCUGACUGUGGAAAAUGCUUCAUAACAUCAAUUGUUCUAAAAGUUCACCGGAGAACACACACUGGAGAAAGGCCUUACUUCUGCUCUGACUGUGGAAAAGGCUUCACAACAUCAUCUGAGCUAAAAGUUCACCAGAGAACACACACAGGAGAGAAGCCUUACUCUUGCUCUGACUGUGGAAAAGGCUUCACAACAUCAUCUGAGCUAAAAGUUCAUCAGAGAACACACACAGGAGAGAAGCCUUACUCCUGCUCUGACUGUGGAAAGAGUUUCUCUCAACUGCAUCACCUAAAACAACAUGAACGUAUACACACAGGAGAGAAGCCUUACUCCUGCUCUGACUGUGGGGCGAAUUUCUCUCAACUGGUCAACUUAAAAAUUCACCAGAGAACACACACAGGAGAGAAGCCUUACUUCUGCUCUGACUGUGGGGCGAGUUUCUCUCAAUCGGGCCACCUAAAACAACAUGAACGAGGUCUGUAG